UAUACACCACUAGAACCGUAAGAUGUACAUCAACACACCUUAUCAUACAGAACAGGACAGGAUGUGUACUGUUCACUCAUUGUCUACUCUUAGUUAUAGAGAAACAAGAUGUACAUCCACACACCCUAUCAUAUAGAACAGGACAGGAUGUGUAUUGUCUACCCUAAGUUAUAGAGAAACAAGAUGUACAUCAACACACCAUAUCAUACAGAACAGGACAGGAUGUGUAUUGUCUACCCUAAGUUAUAGAGAAACAAGAUGUACAUCAACACACCCUAUCAUACAGAACAGGACAGGAUGUGUACUGUCCACUCAUUGUCUACCUUAGUUAUAGAGAAACAAGAUGUACAUCAACACACCCUAUCAUACAGAACAGGACAGGAUGUGUACUGUCCACUCAUUGUCUACCCUUAGUUAUAGAGAAACAAGAUGUACAUCAACACACCAUAUCAUACAGAACAGGACAGGAUGUGUACUGUCCACGUAUUGUCUAGCCUUAGUUACAGAGAAACAAGAUGUACAUCAACACACCAUAUUAUACAGAACAGGACGGAAAAUGUGUACUGUCCACUUACUGUCUAAUUAAGAAUUAAAUUUUAGUAUUUAAUAGACUUCUCUUUCCGUCUUGAUGUAUGAAGAAAGAGAAAGACAAUAAAUAAUUAUUUUUCCAUCUUCACCUUUUUUUGUAGAAAUAGUAUAAAUACAUGACUGUCACACUAUAUACCACAUUAAGAGUCUGAAAUAAGGGUUAGAAACCUAAAAAUUAUUAAUUACUGUAGGCUUGUCAGAACUUUAAUGACAGUGGAGUAUGUAAACAAGAGUGUCCACCAAUGAUGCGUUAUAAUCCGUCCACUUAUUCAUGGGAGGUCAAUCCUGAUGGAAAGUAUGCUUAUGGAGAUAUAUGUGUGAAAAGUUGUCCAGACCACCUGCUGAGAGACAAUGGAGCCUGUGUACGAUCCUGUCUUCCUUAUAAAAAAGAGGUGAAUGGUGAAUGUGUGCCAUGUGAUGGACCCUGUCCCAAAACUUGUAAAGGUGUGAGUAACUUUGUCCAUGCUGGAAAUAUAGAUUCCUUCCGUGGUUGUACAGUCAUUGAAGGCUCUCUUACUAUCCUAGACAGCACGUUUACAGGUUUUCAAGAGAUAUUUCCAAACAAUACCCUUGGACCUUUGUAUCGAGAAAUGCAUCCAAAGCAAUUGGAUAUUUUUAAUACGCUUCGGGAAGUCACUGAAUACAUCAGUAUUCAGGCCAAGCAUCCAGACUUUAAAAACCUUGCCUUUCUUCGUCACUUGGAAGUCAUCAGAGGAAGGAUGGUUACUCAGUAUGUAUAACAGUAACUCAGGUUAUCAACCAUGUCUCGUGAAGUUUUGCAUGAGUAACUCACAAUUUUGUUUUUGUAAAAGGUUUUUUGGGUAACUAAGUAUUUUAUUAUUAUUGUCCAUCUUGU